AUGUUAUCCAGCUUUACACUGAGAAGAACACAAAGUGCAGAAUACUCGGAUAAUUAUGACAAAAAUGACUCAGUGAUACAAUUUGCACUACCGGAUAAUAUUAUUGCUACAGAUAUACCAAGAACUGCGAUAUCAAAAGUCAGACAUAAAACAUCAAGCCAGCGUCUGUUGAAAUUAGAGUUAAGUUUACCUGGUUUAAAUGUCGGUGAUAAGCUGAAGACAUGUGAAUUCAAUAAUAACCAUGAACACUCAUACAUUAAAUGCUCAUGUAAUUUCGCCUCUUGUUGGGGUAGCAGCAGUAACCAUAUCUCAGGAAGAAACUUCAAUCGUAAUUGUAAAUCUGAAUUUGACGGAAGCAUUAUGAUACUGUUAGAAAAUUUAAAUAAAAACGACAAUGAACAAUGGGUUAAGAUAGACGAUAAAAUGCAGCCUGAAAAUGGUGAAAUAUGGUUUCGGAUAACUUCCUCUCGGUUUCAAAUUAGUGUUAUUUUAAGAAGAAAUAAGUGCGACAGUCGUCAUAGUCAACAUCAUGAAAGUGAGAAACAUAAAGCCUCAUUCAACACUGAACAUGUAUCAAAAUGUCCAGUUUAUUUGACGUCAGACUUUGUCUUUUCAUCAUCAUCAUCGUCAUCAUCAACUACAACACUGUCUUCAGAACACUUACUGAAUAGUUGUCGUUACUACUAUUAUUGGGAUUCAGGUGAAUUAAAACAUUCCAUUACUACUAAAGGAAGUUUUCUAUUGUUGAGUAACGAUACGCUGAGAAUUUAUCUGAGUAUAUUUGGUACAAAGCACAGUAGACCAGUAUGGUCUAGAGAUGAUUUGUUGGAGCUGGAACAAACUUGCCAAUACAAACUGACCAAAAGAGACCAAAGUGCAUUAAAUUUCAACAAGAAAAGGGCACACAGUUUUGCCAAUAUUCGAGAAUUUAACAAACGACAUUUUGAUGAAGCGUUGUCAGUGUCAGAAUCAAAAAGUAAUCACGUAAGAGAACACCCAAGUGUUCAACAGAUUGAAAUUGUUCUGGAACGGUCUCAAGGUCAAUCACUGGGAGUUACAUUAGUGGAAACAAAGCUUAAUCCAACUCAUGGUAACCAAACUGGAUUAUUUAUUAAGUCAGUCACACCAAAUGGAUUGGCAGAUAAGUCAGGGAAACUGAAAGCAGGUGAUCAGUUGAUAGCUGUAAAUUCUAUAAGCCUAUUAUCUUCACCUUCAGAAAUUCCUUAUACCUGUAACACGCAGGACUUCAGCGCAAAGGUGCAUGGACUACCUGACAGCCAUCAAGAAAUAAUUGUUAAACAAAACCAACUCAUCAAGAAUUCACCGAAUAUAGUGAACAACGGUGAUAAUAGUUCUACAUAUCCCGAUGACACUCAUGCUGUUAGACCGUCUGAUAAAUAUGACGCAAGGCUACACUUUAACUGUGCAGAUGACGAAAUGAAAGCUUUGAACGAAAAUGCCACAAAAAUUAGUUCAGUGUAUCCGUUUGCAGCUAGAUUGCUGAAGCAAGCCUAUGGGCCAGUUAGGCUUAGUUUGAUUCGUUAUAAUAGUGUGGGAGAACGAAACGAGUCUCAGCCUCAACAGAACUGUCAUUUAGACAUAAGUGAAGGGACACAACAACACCUCAUCAACAUUUCACAGGAAGACAGUCAAGACAUCGUCACCUGUAAAACACAGACGCAAUGUCAAAUAUAUCCAACAAAAGGAAGAGAAGCAACUGAAGAGUUAACCAGUGAAAAGAGAAAUUAUGUAGACAAUGGGACACAGGUUCACAUGCCAACUAGAUCAUUUGAAUCAAUGACUAAAGAUUUCGGUGUUCAGUUCACAACUAAUGAAAUUCUCCGAACAUCUAAUAAAAAAGAAAUAAACAAAGUGGCUCCCUCACCGUGUCAGCUCAUAUCAACACCGAAACAUUUACAAAGAGAUAGGAAGUGUAUUCACUGCAAGCAUCUACAAUGUACCAGCAGUGUAUCAGCUAGACGACAGUGCAUAAAACAGAAUUUAUUCAAGGUAAUUCUGAAUGAUGGCGAUGUGACGAGAAGUAAGGUCGACUCAACAACUCCAACUCCCAAGCCCCGUACAAUUCACUUGAAGUGUGACAAAUGUGCUCAUAAAAAUGAUAUUUCAAGAUCAAUUUUUACAGACGAACCCAUAGCAUGCACCACAAGUAAAGAGUACAAUGUCAACAAUAUUAUUAAACACGUUCCAAAACCCGUGAUUUGUCCAACAACUUCAUUGUCAUUAACGAAAUACAGAGUAAACUCGAAUCCUGCAGUAUUUAAACAUCCUCAUGGUAACAAGAGUAAUAUAAAUGCCUUAGAUUUGCAAGGCUCAAAAAUCCCUUACUCACAAAACUAUCUUUACCACUUGAAAGCACAAAGAGAAAAGGAAGUCACAUCAAUACCCAGUACGCAUCAUUCUUACUACUGUCAUAUUCAUGAUUACUUCUCAGUGAAACCUUUACUCUACAGUCAUGCUAAGAAAGCAUCACAUGAAAACACCGUUAAUAUCUUUACUCAUAAUGAAGAAGGACAAAGUACGCAGACACAUUUAAAACUUGAAAAACGAUUACGUCUCCUUCAUGAACGCCUGUUACCAGAGUUUCACUUGUCUUCUUCAAAUAGACAUGAGCAACAUGAAAGAGAAAGGCAAGAAAAAGAGGAAUACAUUAUGUUACAAGACGAGGCAGGAGAUGGACUGAACUCAGUGCUAAAGGAAUCGAACACAUUCUACAAGUUUAUUGAGAACUUAAGUGAAACCGAAUGGGAAAUUUUGAUGAAAAUAUUAGGAAACAGAACUGAUUGUGAAGUCGCAUAGAUAUGAUGUUAGCCAUGAUACAUUCUUCUAAAGUCGACAUUUAUGUCACUGAAAGUAUUCGCUGUAAACCAACUAACCAACUAACUAGUGUAUAACAGCUAAUUACAUAUGGAAUGAUGCAAGCAAUGCUAUAUGGAACCAUAAAUGUCCGGAGAAUCAUAAUCAUAGCGUCUUUAUGAAGUCCUUAGUUCAAAUAUCACGUUUGGUAUGCAGUUUAAUGUAGACUUUCAUUUUUAUCAUUUAGAAACAAGCUAAAUUUUAUCAUUAUGCUGCUGAUUAUUCAAACAUGUGUGUGUAAGAGUGUGUACGUGUGUGCGAGGCACUUCAUCGAGUUCAUGUAAACAGAAACAUUGAAUAUGAAUUAAUAAAGUGAAAGGUUGUAACAAGUCAUGCAAAUACUCACUAGUCCGUGACGUGCAAAUGAACCGUAUGGAGCACAUGCAACGAAAACUGCUUCUGAAAUCAACUUGUAUGCUUUACUGUCACUUAAAUGAGUACAAAUAUCUAUGUGUACACGUGCAUAAUUGUUUUUGCCCUAAAAUGUAUUUCUCUCUUUUAAAUGAGAAGUCAUGAUAAUGUAUUUCAUUUUUGUUAUUGUUACUAUCAUUAUUACUAUUGCUGUUUAUGAAGUCAAUCGUCCGAUGUAAAAUGAGCAAGUUAUAAAGUCAAUAAAUAAAGUGGAGUUAGUUACAAAAAGUAAACAAUACGCAUAUGUCUGAACAAUUUGUAGAUACAGAUAAACGAAAACACUCAUCAGACCUUACUGGCAUAGACGGAAAAGAGUAAUCUUCGUGUUUGCUUUAAUAUAUUAGAAUUUGACUGACUGACUGGGUUCAGCAUAGAACUUUGCACAGAAGUGCAGCAGUUCGAAUCGCCACACUCCAUGUAACACAAAAAGGAAGACAAAAGAGAGAGAGAGAAAAAGAGAUUCAGCAGGAAGACAGAAUACAGAAAUGUGAAGGGGGAAGAAAAGUAAUAUAGAAAAAACAACAGAGUUUUAUUGGAUAGGUCAAGUCACAAAAAGUGAAUGUAUCUGCGUCAUUGACAAAGAUUUUGAGCCAUAUUACCAAUUGUCUCCAGUCUUCAUUGAUUCCUACCAUCCCAAGGUUCCCAACCAGUCACAAAGUCUAUAUCUUUCUACGUGGCUAAAUCCAACUGUAGUGGAUUACAUUGUCUGAUGCCGUGUUUUCGUUUGACCACCACUAGCCCUUUUCCAACCUGAUCCUAUGUCAGCUUACACUGUCCAUAGAAGAAGGCGAUCAGUGACCUGGGAUGCAUGCGUGACGCAUGUCCUAACCAUGCCAAUUGAUGUAGCUUCACAACCUCGUCGAUUGGUUCCCCUCCUUUCCUAACACUAGACACCUAACCUCAACAAUGCUCACCGUAUUAUACCACUGAAUACGGGAGAUAAAACGCGGGUACCUAUGGUCACAGAAUUAGAAUUAACUGGAAGAACAUGUGUAGCAGAAAUGACGUGAGACGGAGCUGAAUUAACUACAGAAUCUGUUUGUUAAACGUUGGUGAGAAUUCCAUUGGUAUGCAUACUUUUAACAUAUGAGUUUUAAUUUGUACAUUUAAAUAUAUUGGAUGAUCCACUGUGAAAUUGUUUUGUACUACUUCGAAUCAGAAAGUGCACUAAGCAAGUGAUCUUCAGAAAAAGUUAACUCCCAUCAUAUGGUUGGAAGAGCUGACACAACUGCUAUAAAUAGUUCCACUGAGUCUUAUCUAGGAUCUCUGUAUUGAUAGCGAAUAAGCUCGUUAAUUAAUAGACACACUACCACCUUUGAUAUAAUGAAGCCAACGAAAACUGUUUUAUGAAUAAAUGUAUUUAUACACUUACUGUGCAGAAUAACUAUGAAUUAAACAAUGAAUUCGUGAUCUUUUUCAAAUGGCCUUUUCUAUGUCACAAGAUCAGAUAAAUAAUCACAUUUACUUCUUGUAUGAAAUGGGAAGUAGGAGAGCUGAAAUGAUUGGCGAUCUCAGAUAAACUUGUUGAUUUAUACUCAUGUUCACUGAGUUUCUGUCAGCUGUCAUAUGAAACAAUUAAGUGUAUCUGUGAGAGAGAGACUAGUUCAUACUCAUGACUCACCUAAACCAUCUAAUUCAUGAAGCCAGAAAUGAAUCAGCCAAAUCGUGUAAACCACAUAUCUGAGACGUGAAUCGUGGAUCUUAUAAGACGCCUACAUAUUCAUCUGGACAACUGAUCGAAUUGUAUGUGACGGACUGAGAUCGCCCAACAUUAUUCCUU